AUGUGCCACACCAGCUGCUCCUCAGGCUGCCAGCCGGCCGGCUGUGUGCCCAGCCCCUGCCAGGCAUCCUGCUGUGUGCCUGUGAGCUGCCAGUCCUCUGCAUGUGUGCCCACGAGCUGCCAGUCCUCUGCAUGUGUGCCCGUGAGCUGCCAGUCUGCUGUGUGUGUGCCCGUGAGCUGCCACUGCCAGUCCGCCGUGUGUGUGCCCGUGAGCUGCCAGUCCGCCGUGUGUGUGCCCGUGAGCUGCCAGUCUGCCGUGUGUGUGCCCGUGAGCUGCCGGCCAGUUGUGUAUGUGACCCCGUCCUGCCAGUCUGCCGUGUGCCUGCCCGUGAGCUGCAGUCCUGCCCUGUGUGUGCCUGUGAGCUGCCGGCCUGCCGUGUGCGUCACCUCCUCCUGCCAGUCCUCUGGGUGCUGCCGGCCCCCCUGCCCCGCCCUGCUCUGCAGCCCUUCCUGCUGCUGA